AUGAAAGAUCUCAGAAGGUACCUGGUGUUCAAAUAUGUCCAGUAUCUCAUCCUGCCAUUUCCCAACAUCUUCAUCAGCUUGCUGGGCCUAUGUGCUAGUUUGUAUGUCACACUGCUCCUGAGGUCUCCCAACAUAUCCAGGAAAUCCACUGUAGUGUUUAUUCAUAACGUGGCGCAGGCGGACAUCCUGAUGGGUUUUAGCGUGCUUGCCAUGCUUCUAGAUGCCUUCCAGGGUGAAAGAUCAUCAAGUUCUUUUCAGAUGGUCCUGUGGCAAAACUUCCAAACUGCAAAUGCCCAUGUCAGCUCCCUUUUCCUCAGCUGUGUGAGUCUGGAGGCCUUUCUGAUCACAUUCCUUCCAGCUGAGACCCGCCACAUUAGGACUGUUAGAUAUGCUAGGGCAGCUUCGAAGUUCAUUUGGAUUGCGGUCCUUACCGAGUGUAUUGUUUAUCAGCUGGAGUGCUUACAGGACCUCAGCUUCAUUUCUCUGGGUGCACCUAAGCACACUUUGGUGCUGCUUAACUUCUGCAAUGGAGCAGCAGCCCUGCUGAAGUCAUUCAUUUAUCCCAUCGGUUUACUUUUACGGAUCAUUAAUGUGUAUCUCUUUUAUAAGAUAUUCUUCAGCAGGUCACCUUGA